GGGCAACUCUUCAUCCUGAAUAUUUUCAGUUGUGUUGUAAAGUAAAAUUAAACAGAAGAUAAAGUUAAAUAACAAUAAUGAAUAAAUAAAUAAUAAAUAAAUCCACGUCUCAUCCCAUCCCCCAACAAUAAAACAUUACGCACACCAAUCUCCCUCUUCACCUUCAUCAUCAUCAUCCUUCUGUCAGUGUUCCACCCCAGCACGUGCCUUCUUUCCUUACAUCACAUUACCUCACCUUCCCAAGUCACGUGCGCCUUCCUCCAUUGUUGCAAGGAAAAAAUUAGAGCAUUGAGGAGAGAAUUUUGGUUUUCCUUUCUCCCAGAUUAUAUCAAGAAGGAAAAAAAGUUGAUGAAAGUUUUGAAUUUUUGAUUUCCAUUAAGGAAAUUUUGGUGGGUUAUGAUGUGAAGGGGGGUCAAGGGGGCGAGAUGCACGCAAAAAUACGGAUCCCAAGUAGCGGACACAACAGCCCAUCACCGCCGCAAUCCCCGCUUUCCCGCUCGCCCCGCCUCCGACGUAAACAGGGCCGCUUCACUCCGUCGGGUCAACCCGGUGCCCGAACUUUUGCCCAGCGUGUUGCCUGGCUCAUCCUCUCAGUUCUUCUCCGUAGGCAGGGCGUCUUCCUCUUUGCCCCAUUGCUCUACAUCUCCGGGAUGCUCUUUUACAUGGGUACGGUGUCGUUUGAUGUAGUCCCAGUCAUCCCCCAUCGGGCCGCCCCUGGCUCCGUUUACCGGAGUAACCAAAUUUAUGAGAAACUCAAAGCCGAAAUUCAAUCCGAUAACUCUUCAGCUGAUGCGAUAUCAACAAUUUGGAAGCAUUCUUAUAAAGGUGGUGAGUGGAAAUCAUGCAUAAGCACAUCUUCUGAAGAUUUGCCUGAGUCAAAUGGAUACAUUUAUAUUGAGGCCAAUGGUGGUUUGAACCAACAGAGAGGAUCGAUUUGCAAUGCUGUUGCAGUCGCUGGGUAUCUUAAUGCGACUCUUGUAAUUCCACACUUUCACUUCCAUAGUAUUUGGAGAGAUCCCAGCAAGUUUGGGGAAAUUUUUGAUCAAGACUAUUUUAUUAAGACACUUGGAAAUGAUGUCCGAAUUGUGGAUACAAUUCCUGAGUAUAUAAUGGAAAGGUUCGACUUCAACAUGAGCAAUGUGUUCAAUUUUAGAAUAAAGGCAUGGUCCUCAAUCCAAUACUACAAAGAUAAUGUCCUGCCAAAGCUACUCGAAGAAAAGAUCAUAAGGAUUUCUCCAUUUGCAAAUCGAUUGUCAUUUGAUGCUCCUCCUGCAGUCCAACGCCUUAGGUGUCUGGCAAACUAUCAGGCAUUAAGAUUUUCUCCUCCUAUUUUAAGCAUGGCUGAAACUUUGGUUGCGAGAAUGAGAGAACGCAGUUUAAGCAAUGGUGGAAAAUAUAUUUCUGUGCAUCUUCGCUUUGAGGAGGAUAUGGUUGCCUUUUCUUGUUGUGUAUAUGAUGGCGGGGAAAGUGAGAAAAGGGACAUGGAUGCUGCUAGGGAGAGAGGUUGGAAAGGAAAGUUUACAAAACCUGGUAGAGUAAUCAGUCCCGGAGCAAUCAGGCUUAACGGAAAGUGUCCCUUGACUCCUUUAGAGGUUGGCUUGAUGCUACGAGGUAUGGGUUUUGAUAAAAAUACAGCAAUAUAUUUGGCAUCUGGAAAGAUAUAUGAUUCGGAAAGAUAUAUGGCUCCUCUUCUUGAAAUGUUUCCUCUUCUACAAACGAAAGAAAUGCUAGCGUCUGCUGAGGAACUUGAUUCUUUUCAGAAUUUCUCUUCCAGGAUGGCUGCGAUUGACUAUACUGUUUGUCUUCAUAGUGAAGUAUUUGUGACUACCCAAGGUGGAAACUUUCCACAUUUUCUUUUGGGUCACAGGAGAUUUUUGUAUGGUGGACAUUCGCGGACAAUCAAGCCUGACAAGCGAAAGUUGGCUGUGAUAUUUGAUAAUGCCAAUAUCGGGUACGCUAUUGUCAUAGCUUGGUUUUCUUCUGGGUCAGACAUUUCUGGCAUCCUUGAGUGUAGAGUCCACCUUAUUUGUUCUUGGUUUGUCAGCAGCACAAUAGUUGCUUGGGUUUAAACAUACUGACAAUUUAUCCAUGAUAUCAAUCCUUAAUUCUAUAGUGUUACUUUCAGAUGGAGAAGCUUCAAGCGGCAAAUGCUGAGCAUACGAGCUCACAGUGACUCUAAAGGGAUGCAGCUCAAAAGACCAAGUGAUUCACCGUAUUCAUUUCCAUGCCCAGAUUGCAUGUGUCGGUCAAACAAAACAGAAGAGUCAAAGCCAGCAUCCGUUACAUGAACUCAGACAGGAAAGCCUUUAAGACAGUAAAAGUUUUUAAGGUUUCCUGUAAUUUGUGUGCACAUUGGCUGCUCCACUGACCCCGCUGUUGCGAUUUUGAUUCUUUCAUUUUUUGCCUCUUGGAUUUGGCGAGGACCUAGCUUUGCAUUUUUUUUGGAGCUGCGCUAAGGAUUGUUGAUGACAGAUUUGAACUUAGGUUUUACAUCCUUAGGCGUAAUUGGAGGAGUAAUUGCAUCUAUUUGUACAUGAUAAAUACCAGAAGAGAACCACACAGAUUUUGCUAGUGCAGUGAGUUUAUCCAGGCAUUGACUUUAACAUCAAUACUUCUUGCAGCUGCUGUAUCUAACAAGAUGUAGAGUAACUGGAACCUCUUCCUCUCUCGUCGCCGUGUUUGUAUCUUUGUACAUUAGUAGUUUAGAGGUUAGAAUCAGGGUGAACAGUCUAUUGUUUGUAAAAGUUGGGUUCCAUUUUUCCCUUAUGUGGAAGAUAAAUUAUCAGUGACAGGUUGUUUUAUAGCUUCAAUGUCUCCAUUCAACUGUUGUAGCUUCUCUUCGAGUGCGAAGUUUGUAAUGUGAGACCUGGAAAGGCACUUUCAGAUAGUGUCAGUUUUGAUCCUUCACCUUUGGAGUAUUUACUUUAGUGGCAUUUUUUUAGUAAAAGUUCGGGUAAAAAGUAUGGACAACUCAAAAUCAAAUAAGAUUAUUAUUUUGAGAUGACUAUAUCCGACGGCAAUUUGGG